UGGUAGCGCUGAGCCUCUCUAGCCCUUGCCAGCCGUCCUCUCAGUGGUAGGACGGGGAAGAGAGGAAGAGCUGGCCGCCAAGUCGGCUCUACGUGAAAGCGGGUGCAGCACAACCUCGGCCGGGGAGAGCUCGAGCUAAGGGCAAUCAGCACAUGACCUACUUGAGAGAGAUCUGUAGACAAAAUCUAACAAGGGAAAUUUGCUAGAAUCAAGAGUGAUGGAUCCAUGUUCAGUUGGAGUCCAACUCCGUACCACGAAUGAGUGCCAUAAAACCUACUAUACUCGUCACACGGGUUUCAAGACUUUGCAAGAACUGUCAUCAAAUGAUAUGCUUUUACUUCAACUUAGAACUGGAAUGACACUUUCUGGGAACAAUACCAUUUGCUUCCAUCAUGCGAAAAUUUACAUUGACAGAUUUGAGGAUUUGCAGAAGUCAUGUUGUGACCCAUUUAACAUACACAAAAAACUAGCCAAAAAAAAUUUGCAUGUAAUUGACUUAGAUGAUGCCACUUUUCUGAGUGCAAAAUUUGGAAGACAGCUUGUACCUGGGUGGAAGCUUUGUCCAAAAUGUACACAGAUAAUCAAUGGAAGUGUGGAUGUUGAUUCUGAAGAUCGGCAGAGAAGAAAACCUGAUUCAGAUGGAAGAACUGCUAAAGCUUUGAGGUCAUUGCAAUUUGCAAACCCAGGAAAACAAACUGAAUUUGCUCCAGAAACUGGUAAAAGAGAAAAAAGAAGGCUCACAAAAAAUGCAACCGCUGGUUCUGACAGACAAGUGAUACCAGCAAAGAGUAAGGUCUAUGAUAGCCAGGGCCUGCUGAUUUUCAGUGGAAUGGACCUCUGUGACUGCCUCGAUGAAGACUGUUUAGGAUGUUUCUAUGCUUGUCCUGCCUGUGGUUCCACCAAAUGCGGAGCUGAAUGCCGCUGUGACCGCAAGUGGCUAUAUGAGCAAAUCGAAAUCGAAGGAGGGGAAAUCAUUCAUAACAAACAUGCUGGAUAAUUUGUGGUAUCAAAUUAUGGGAAAAGAUCCCAUCUCUAUUUCUAAAACUCUGUCACUCUCAGAUGCAUUCUAAAGUUGACUGCCAAAUGAUGACAAUUUGAAAACCACCUCAGCAUGCACUCAUUAUGCAUUAGUUUUGCAGUUAGGGUGCUUUAAGAUUUAUUAUUUGAUGUCAGUUUAUAUGGGCUUUUACUCAGCAGUCAGCUUUAAGCCUGCCCAGGCCAAUGUCAACAAGUAGGUAAAGGCAGUCCUCCAUUAGCACAGUUCACAUUUCAGUUCCAUGGUAUAUACCGUGGGUAGUUACAUGAAGUACAAACUUCCCUGCUGGCUCUUUGUCCCUAAGUCAUUAUGUAACAGAUGUGCCUCCUCAUCAGUGACCAGUCCAUCCGUAACCUUCACUCAGACCCCUCUAGUGGUUGGUUACCGCACAUCUGUCAUUCAGUCCACUCCUAGACAGCAAAGCAUGUGGUUGUGCUGUCUCCUUGUCACCCAUGUGACAUUUUCCAAAAGUGGAUCAUCAAAAUAACUGUCCACCAAAGAUAAAAGAGCAGUGAAGAAAUGAAAAAUGAUCAUGCUAGAUGUGAGAUAUGCAUUGAACGUAGAUGGAGUUGUAGAAGAAAUCACUUAUGGGAAGGUUGAUGCUGCUGUUUCUCUAGAGCCUCAGUAUGCAGCUAGAGGAAGCUCGCGGGGGGGCUGCUGGGGGGAGCAAUGUAAAUAGGGAAAUAGGCUGUGAUGAAAAGCUUGAAUAUAUCCCAGAGGAAGUGAUAGUAAAAAACUUCACGUUAAAGAAAAUUACAGUGAUUUUACAACAUUGAAAGCACAAAUGAGAAAAUGGUAGAAGCAGAUCCAAACUUCAGUAUCUGCAAUGGUAUAGCCUACUUUGUAUCUUAAGUUAGCAAAAAAGCAGGCACUGUUCAAACCACUCUUGAUUAGUUUUUUGCAAUGGAAUAAUGCUUUAAUUCUCAGUGUUUCCAAUGUUUUUCAAUUACAGUGUACUAAAAUACCUUUUUUUUACAGUGUUUUCAUUUUCCUUUACAUUUCUAACAAGAGUUUUUAAUAUUUUGAUGGGUUUUUGGAGGUCACAGAACAUUUUCCCCAUUGAUUAUUAAGGUUGCUACGAAUGGUCAUUUUUAUGGUCCAGCACUACUGUGCAAGCCAAGGACUGUAGCUGAGAACAGUGCCUACUUCAGGAAAAAUUAAUUUCAAUAAAACUAGGUGGUUGAGUGUUAAAACUAUUUUGGAAAUAAUCUACAUAUCUAAGUGCUAAAAUUCUUCUCACUACUUACCCUUAAAAAGUUUUAGCAUUGUAAACCUUUCAUUGUUUAGCCAUACAUUCUUGGUGAAAAUUUGUUCCUGGUGGCAAAGAUCUUACUAUGUAUAAAGCAUGGAUAUUCAUACAAUACAGAAACAGGGAUACAUGGUGUCUAUGUUAUUAAAGUUUUAUAAGGUGGUGAUUAGGAUCAAAAGGGCUAAAAAAAAAAAAAAGGCUUUAAGGCAGUUAGUAAUGAAAAGGAAAAAAAAGUGGACAAACAGUGGUAGAGACAAUAUAAAUUAAAGUGGAAAUUGCUUGAAUCUUGAUGUACUGGUUCUGUAUGGAAUUCGUAUGGGUGCUCUUUGGAGAAUGAGAGUGGAUGAUAACUUCUCUGCUUCCUUUUUCAAGCAGCUCCCUGUCUAAAAUGUUUUAUCAGCUAGGGCAUUGCCACUAAACUAGGUUUUUGCUUUGUUUUCCCUAAGUUGUAGUACUUUAGUUUAACCAGAUAAGCUUUUAGUAGUUUCAGAUACAUUUUAAGUCAUUUAAGUGAAAUUUAUGCAGCCAAUUUGAUUGGAUUGACCAGUGGAGGUUUAUUUUUAUUUCUGUAUACUUUGGUAUCUGUUUAACAGGUUUUACUUUGAUGGAAUGCCAUUUUGAACCAUGGUAUUGUCAUUAAGUGAUAAUUGUCCACUGACCUAGUUAUCAGAAGUAUAAUCAGUAUCAAGUCUUUAAUUCAGAUUUCAACAGAGCACUGGCAAAAAGAAUAUUUUGGCUUUAAAUUAGAUGCUAGUUUUUUGGGUGUUUUUCUGAAUUAAGGAAAUAUUUUGUUAUAGAGGAUACAGAGACUUCUAAUUUUAUCUGAACUUCUGGGUUCAUUAGACCUUAGUUGCAUUGCUACCAAUGUUUUGUUUUUUUGUUUGUUGGGUUUCUUUGUUUUGUUUUGGAUUGGUUUUUUUUUGGUUCUAAGUAAGUAUGAUUUACUAUAUUGCUUAAGCUUUUCAGGGGCGCCUGGGUGGCUCAGUCGGUUAAGCAUCAGACUUCAGCUCAGGUCAUUUGUGGGUUCCAGCCCCACCUGGAGCCUGCUUCAGAUUCUGUCUCCUUUUCCCUCUGCUCCUCCCCUACUUGUGCUCUGUCUCUC